AUGCGAUCUAUUACCAAUGUUUACAUUAUUAGCUUAUGUUUAGCUGAUUUCAUGUAUUUGGCUAAUUUAACUUUGGUUGCUACUGCGCAGCUAAAUGAUAAAUCAUGGAUUUUUGGACGAUUUAUGUGUACUCUCUACCAUGGCACUGAAACAACAGGUAAAUAUGCAAGUGUGAUAUUCGUUGUAUUAUUAACUGCGGAUCGUUAUUGUGCUAUAUGUUGUACGGCGUUAUGUGCACGAUAUCGGAACUAUUGUAUAGCAAUCUCGCUAAGUGUUAUUGCAUGGAUUCUCGCUUUUUCUGCAGCUAUUCCGCUUUACCUUUAUUCAGAAGUGGUUCAGCUACAAACAUAUGGUACUGGAGGGCCGAAUAGGCCUGUCUGUAUUGCUAAAUGGCCUAGUUUAACAAGUGCUCGAUGGUAUAUUACAUUUUCAUCAAUUUUAAUUUAUGUUGCACCGUUAGCACUGAUGACCUAUUUCAAUUAUCAUGUCCUGAAGAAGCUUCAAAAAGCUCUUCGUAACAGUAAACGAAUGAGGCGUACGUCAAAAUCACGCGCUCCUUAUCAUCGCGUAACACGUCUAGUGCUAUGUGUAGUCAUAUUUCAUGCUGCAUGCUGGUCUCCAUUUUGGUUAUUUAAUUUGCUCAGUUCUGUAUUUCAAUUUCGGAUACAUACACGUUUCAGUCGUCUUAUUGUCAAUGUUAUUCAUUUGUUUCCGUAUAUCAAUUGUGCCCUAAAUCCAUUACUAAUCGAUCCAUAUGUGGUAUCAUUGCCAUUCUUGCAUCGUUUUGUUGCAACGAAACGACGAUUUGGUUGCUGCAACGAACGUAAUCACAGUAUUUUAGCCCGACCACCAUUAACACCUUCAAAUAUUAAUGAAAUUGUUGUUGAACAUGUUGAAUUAAAUAAAUUAACUCAUCCACAAUCGCGACGUGAUGAUCCAAAUGAAAAAUGCAACAAUUAUUUACUUCCGUGGUUUCACAACAACAAUGUUUCCUGUAAUAACGAGACAUCAACGUGUGAGCAAAUGAUAUUGUAA